UCGUGUCAGACCAUUAAGAGAGGGAGAGACUUCAUAUCGAUAGUUUAUGGCGCAUUUAAAUUGAAAUAAAAGUGGGUGACGGGCCACACAGAGAGCAGUCAGCUGAUUUCCCUUCGGUGAACUUCCCCACAGGCGCACAUGGUGCUGGCUCCAGCCGGGCCGGGCUCGGCGGACGGAAGCCGGGGAGGAUCAAGUCCAGUCAUGCAGGUCGUAAGAAACGCUGGGUCUUGGCUCCUGCGGUCAUGGACUGGGCCCGUGACAGCUAGGGCAGUGGCGGGUGUCCCAGCUCAGACCAUCCACACCAACGCCCAGGAGAUGGAAGACGCGGCCCCCAAGACGGAAGUUGAAAGGAAGGCGGCUCCGAGCCGCUUCAGCAUUUACCCCCCAGUUCCAGGACAAGAAGGCUCUCUACGCUGGGCAGGAAUGAAAUUUGAAGAGGUUCCAAUUGCACACAUUAAAGCAACUAACAACAACACACAGAUCCAGGUAGUCUCUACCACUAAUGUGCCCCUGGCUCGGGCCUCCUGUGGCACGGAAGGUUUUCGAAAUGCCAAGAAAGGCACUGGCAUCGCAGCCCAGACAGCAGGCAUAGCAGCAGCAGCGAAGGCGACAGGGAAGGGAGUGACCCACAUCCGAGUUGUAGUGAAAGGCCUGGGACCAGGACGCUGGGGAGAGGAAGGAGACAUCCUCAGCCCAGCAGGGAUGUGGCUUCCCCAAGGAGGUGACUUCUCAUCUAACUUUGCAAGAAUGAGGCAUUAAGGUGUGAGUAUGUGUGUCCUAGGGAGAGGAAAAUGCUCAUGUAAAGCUAUUGGAGUGCCAGGGUCAAAUCUGUUCUCAGAUUGUAAAGUGCAAGGUGGAGAAGCAGGUGCUUAGAAUUAUAGGUAUCAGCUGGUGAACCUCCCUGCUCCCUUCCUGCCACUUCCCUCUUGGGCCCUCUAUGGAAAUGCUGAGUCAUAAAUUUGGGGACUGCUCUUCACUU